ACCACUAGAACUGUGCGUGAAAUCCUGUUCAUGUAAGUGGAAGGGCACAGUUGGUUCCAUUUAGAAUCGUGUUUUAGAACCGGGGAUAGAAUAACCCACCCCAGCCAAGAUGGAGCAGUUCCUUUGACAGGAACUGGUGGAGGUGAAGAAGAAAUGGAACAGCAAAAUGAAGGGAGAGAGGAGGAAGCCAGUACCUAUGGCUGGCUACUCAAAGCAGAAGACUCAGACAGAAAUCCCACACCUAUGGACACCUGUGUGAAGGCAUCUGUCAGAGAAAACACCGAUGUUGACCAUAUUCCAGGGGAAAAAUUCACCAAAGAAAAAGUUUUUGAAGCAGCUUGCAAAGGGGAGACACGUCAACUUCAGGGCCUGCUCAACUACCUACAAAUUAAUGACAAGCGACUUACGAGCCCAGAAUUCAUAGAUAAAACAAAUGGGAAAACUGCGCUCUUGAAGGCCUUAUUAAACCUGAAAGAUGGUAAAAAUGACACUAUUGAGAUAUUCCUUGACAUAGCAGAGAAAACUGGAGAUUUAAAAGAUUUUGUCAACACAUCUUAUUGCGACUUCUACUACAAAGGCCAGACAGCUCUUCACAUUGCCAUUGAGAGGCGGAGCUUUGACCACAUGAAACUGCUGGUCCAGAAAGGAGCAGAAGUGCAAGCCAAGGCUAAUGGGGAGUUCUUUCAGCUUCAGUCUGGACCAGGCUUUUAUUUUGGCGAGCUUCCCCUGUCGUUGGCGGCCUGCACCAACCAGUUGGACAUGGUUUCCUUUCUCAUGGAAAACCCCUACAACUCUGCUGACCUGACUGAUAAAGACUCUCAAGGAAACACCGUCUUACAUGCAUUGGUGGUCAUAGCAGACAACUCGCCAGAAAACACGGACUUCAUCAUAAAGAUGUAUGAUGAGAUUCUCAUUCGACAAACCAGGCUGGAGAAGAAAGGAACGGUCAAGUUAGAGGACAUUGAAAACCACCAAGGAAUGAACCCUCUGAAGCUAGCAGCAAAGCUUGGCAAGAUCAGGCUGUUCAGACACCUGGUGCAACGUGAGUUUAUGGAUGAAGAGACAAAACACCUGUCCAGGAAGUUCACCGAAUGGGUCUAUGGACCUGUCCACUCCUCACUCUAUGACACAACUUCCCUUGACACCAACGAGGAGAACUCCGUGCUGGAAAUAAUCGUCUUUGGCAGUGAGAUUCCGGAUCGUCAUGAGAUGCUUCAAAUUGAGCCUCUACGCAGUCUUCUGGAGGACAAAUGGAAGAGGUUUGCCUCCAAAAUAUUUUUGCUAAAUUUCCUGGUGUACCUGGUAUACUUGGCCGUCUUCACCACAGUGGCUUUCUACAGAAAAGAAGCAGAGCCACCAUUUCCUGUUGAAGACCACUCGGUUGACCACCUUCGUUGUACUGGAGAGUUGAUUACUGCCCUUGGAGCAGUCUACUUUUUCUGUAAAGCUAUAGUUGAUUUCAAAAGGAAACCGCCAAAUUUCAAAGCAUUGCACCUUGAUGGCUUCAAUGAAAUUCUGUUUUUCUUUCAGGCAAUUCUCCUUCUAGUCUGCAUUGUUUUGUAUGUUUGUGGGAGGAAGGAGUACAUAGGACCGCUUGUGCUUUCGCUGGCUAUGGCCUGGGUCAAUAUCCUCUACUACUCAAGAGGCUCUCAACACAUGGGGAUGUACAAUGUCAUGAUGCAGAGAAUGAUACUGACUGACAUCUUGCGCUUCCUGUUUGUCUAUGUCGUCUUCCUGUUUGGAUUUUCUGCAGCUGUUGUUACUUUGGUACUGGACAACCCACCAGCUCAUGAAAACAACACCACAACACCACAGGGGAGGGCGUUGUUUGGCGAUGACAAAUUCCAGUGCAAGAUGCUAACUUACAAAAACGUCGGCUUCACAAUGUUGGAAAUGUUCAAGUUCACUAUUGGAAUGGGAGACCUGGAGUUCACCGAUCACAUGCAGUACAAGGAGGUGUUCUACAUACUCCUAAUUUCCUAUAUCAUACUCACCUACAUACUGCUCCUCAACAUGCUCAUCGCUCUAAUGGGUGACACGGUGGAGAAAAUAUCCAGAGAGAGUGAAAACAUCUGGAAGUUACAGAGAGCCCUUACCAUUUUGGACCUGGAGAAGAGUCUGCCCAGAGUCUUGAGGAACAAGCUGUACUCAGAUGUAGUAAAACCUUUCUCUUUCAAGAGAAAGCAAGAGUACCACUCAUUUAUCAGGGUGGAGGAAAUGGAUUGGAAAACGUGGCGGUCGAAUCUUGUCAUCAUAAAGGAGGAAGAUUCGGGGGAUGAUGACAUCACUGAGACACGUCCCCAUGAGACGCUUGGACAUCAAGGGAGUCUAUGGAGAACAAAUCCUCUUCUAGGGAGGAUUCGUGCCAGACGUCAGGUGCAGCUAAAUACUGUUGUUUGAGCUCAUCAGAGGAUCACAGGAAAAGACUGGUUUAAAUCUUCACAUGCAAACCCUGGGCCACUAUGGACCAAAGACAUCAACCAGGGGCAUUGUUAGACAUAGCAAUAGCCGUUAUGCUGAUGAUACUCAGAUCUAUUUCUCUGCCAAAUCCACGUUGUGGCUGAUCAACUUUAUACCUCUGUAGCUGCUACAGUUCUGCAUUCCACAAUAAUAACUAAUAAACAAUUUCAGAACAAA